ACUAAAUCCAAAAGGAGGCAGUAAUGCAACGUAAAGGAUGCAGACUGCCGUAAAACCCCAAAGAAGAAGAAGACACUUGACGGCUUUGACGUCAUCACGCACAACGUGUAGCACUGAAGCAACAUGGCUCUGAAUGGAGAUGACAUAGACUUUGAGUGGGAGCCUCCAACAGAGGCAGAGAUGAAGGUGAUCCAGGCUCGCAGGGAGCGACAAGACAAAAUCAGCAAGCUGAUGGGAGACUACCUGCUCAAAGGAUACAGGAUGCUGGGAGAGUGCUGUGAUGUGUGUGGGACAAUUCUUCUCCAGGACAAACAGCAGAAAAACUACUGUGUCUCAUGUCAGGAGCUGGACUCUGAUGUUGACAAGGACAACCCUGCUCUGAAUGCUCAGGCAGCGUUGUCCCAAGUGAGAGAGAGACAGCUUGCAGCCCAGUCCACUGCACCGUCCCAGGCUCCUGAACUCAAUGGAGGUGCCAGCAGCAGUCAGGCAAGUGUGUCAGUUCCCAGACCAGAGCACUGUGAGGGGGCUGCCGCGGGGGGAAGAGCUGCUCUGCCUCCACCUGCUGUCCCUUCUCCUUCAACUCCUGCCUCUACCACAGCCGUGGCACCUGCCCGCCCCCCAGUUUGUCCACAGAGUGCUGCCCUACAACCUGUGUUGCAAGAAGCUGAGGAAGCUGUUCUAACCAAACUUCGCUGGGCCACUACCCAGCUACAGAGUUCGGCCUCCCUAGAGUCAAGUAUCCAGCUCUGCAGCCUCAUUGCCAGCUGCGCUAGCUCACUGCGCAGCCUCAAGGAGCUCAGCCAGUAACCAUCAUGGAAAAGGUUGAAACCGUGGAUUAACGGGGAACGCUGUUUCUACUUCCCUCUGUCCUGGAAUACUGACUCUGGUUUGCUGCUUUGCCGAAUCUCUCUUUGACUGAAUCCUUGCAUAGAGCUGAAUUCAAAAUUGGUCAGGAAAUGCACUUGAAAUAGGAUUAAAAUGUCAAACGUGCACAAGUUGCUCUUCAGUUAACAUACCUAUAUGGCUGGCAGAAAUAACAUGUUACAUGAUUUCAUAAUAUGUUUCAAAUGUUUGAACAUUUUACUUUUUGUCAAUUUGUAAGUUAUGAUAUAAUGCUAAGAACUGAACAUUUCUAAAUUCACAUUAAUCAUUGUUAUUAAUUUAACACCAUAAAUGAGACUUAAUAUGUAUUCUACAGUAAAAGACUGUAUUUCCAUAGUUAAUUGGCUUUGAUUAAUCCAAAACAGCCACCAAAUUGACAUCUGGGGAAAUGACAACACCUGUUUUCUCAUUGGUUGAUCUGUGGUAUCCGCAACAUGGUGCAAAUCACAAAAAUGUAUACUCUUGUUGGUAUAUUGUUAAACACCAGUCCUCUGAUCAAACCCUCACUGGUGCAUUUUUCUAUUUACUGUUCAGUCUGACGCUCAGAUAGAUUUCCAUUGUCUCUGACCUUCUGGGGAUGCAAAGAUUGUCAUUGUGUGCUGGCAGUUCUGAGGUUUUUAUUGUAAAUAUAUUUGAUACAUGAUGGUGAUGAUGGUCAUAUGAUUCAGUGAUGCUCAGAUGUGAGGGGGCAACGUUCAGGAGUCAGACUCAUAAUUCUUUAUUCAUUAAAAACAUCUAGAGCAAAUAAACUGUACACUGUCAAUAGACAGCACUUCAUAUUAGAUAAAAGCCAGCUUCAGUGUUGUUCAAGGCAGUUAAGAGUUUUCUAAUUAUGUAUCUGAACAAAGCUUGCCUGUUUAGGAAUACUGCAGUUUGUUUGUUUCCACAGGGGGGCGCCAAAUGCAAAAAGCAAUGCCAUUAAGUUUGUUAAUUGGAAAAUGCUGUAUUUAAACAAGUACCACUUUAAGCACCAAUAAACAUGUACAUUGCAUUAGUGUUUAAAA